CACACUCUGUACAAAUUCUGCUUUAAAUACAAGGACUACAUAACCUCUAUUGCUCUUAAUGAAGUUCUACAUUUAUUUCUACCAUUUGUGAUUAACAUUACAGUAGCAGGACGCUUCUCCCUCGGGGUCAGGGCAGGACGCGUCCCUGUGAGCUGCCUGCAGUCUCAGCUCAGGGCACGGAGGGCAGCGGGGAGCGGGUUAGACUAACUUGAAACACCUGGGCGUGUGUCGCUGGAAUGUCUUUAUUCCGAGAAAGUCUGGUAGUCCUGUGUGACAGACAAGUGAAUUAGUUGUCAUAAUCUGUCUUUGUUUUCUUUCCUCUGUUUUUCUUUUUGUGGAUGAAUUUCUCGGUGAAGUUUGAGGCGACUUUCACUUGUUUGACAGCCGUUUGCACCCUGUUUUCACCAUGGAAAAGGUGUAAGCUUCUACUAUGGAUCUAGCUGAAGGGAUUAAUGAGGGGAUCCUCCCCUCAAAAACCUCUCCAGCUGGGGAACAUGACUGGACUGAAGCUCAGAGCCCAGAGCAGCAGCAGGAGAGAGCAGCCUCCCCUGUACCCAGCUGUGUGUCCAUGAAGAGUAACCAGUCGAUAGAGGCACCUCUGGCUUUUAAAAGCCGUGCUCCUGAACCAGAGAUCCAGGAGAAGAGACCAGGCUCUCCUGUACCCAGCUGUGUGUCCAUGAAGAGCAGCCAGUCGAUCGAGGCACCUCUGGCUUUUAAAAGACAACACUCUGAACCAGAACUACAGCAGAAGAGUUCAGGUGUUCACAGUGGUCAGUCUGCCCUGGAUCAAACUGAUGUGGACUCCAUAUUUCUGCUGCUUGAGGAGAACAUUGUUUGUUUUGUGAAGAACGAGCUGAGGAGGAUGCAGAGGGUUUUAAAUUCAGAGUGUUUGGAUGACGAGGUGAUGAUGAAGGAGGAGGAAGAGGACAUGAGGAGCAGCAGAGAGGCGUUCCUGAACAUCACACUGCUCUUCCUGAGGAGAAUGAAGCAGGACGGGUUGGUUAACUCUCUGCAGAGCAAGUCUCCUGCUACCUGCCAGGCUAAACUCAAAUCUAGUUUAAAGCAGAAGUUCCAGUGUUUGUUUGAGGGGAUUGGUAAAACAGAAAACCCAACUCUUCUGAAUGAGAUCUACACAGAGCUCUACAUCACAGAGGGAGGGACCGGAGAGGUCAACGACGAACAUGAGGUCAGACAGAUUGAAACAGCAUCCAGGAAACCAGCAAGACCAGAAACAACAGUCAGAUGCGAGGACAUCUUCCAAACACCGCCAGGAAAAGCUCAACCAAUCAGAACAGUGAUGACAAAGGGAGUGGCUGGCAUUGGGAAAACAGUCUUAACACAGAAGUUCACUCUGGACUGGGCUGAAGACAAAGCCAACCAGCACAUACACUUCACAUUUCCAUUCACUUUCAGAGAGCUGAAUGUGCUGAAAGAGAAAAAGUUGAGCUUGGUGGAACUUGUUCAUCACUUCUUUACUGAAACCAAAGAAGCAGGAAUCUGCAGGUUUGAAGAGUUCCAGGUUGUGUUCAUCUUUGACGGUCUGGAUGAGUGUCGACUUCCUCUGGACUUCCACAACACUGAGAUCCUGACUGAUGUUACAGAGUCCACCUCAGUGGACGUGCUGCUGGCAAACCUCAUCAGGGGGAAACUGCUUCCCUCUGCUCGCCUCUGGAUAACCACACGACCUGCAGCAGCCAAUCAGAUCCCUCCUGAGUGUGUUGACAUGGUGACAGAGGUCAGAGGGUUCACCGACCCACAGAAGGAGGAGUACUUCAGGAAGAGGUUCAGAGAUGAGGAUCAGGCCAGCAGGAUCAUCUCCCACAUCAAGACCUCACGAAGUCUCCACAUCAUGUGCCACAUCCCAGUCUUCUGCUGGAUCACUGCUACAGUUCUGGAGGAUGUGUUGAAAACCAGAGAGGGAGGAGAGCUGCCCAAGACCCUGACUCAGAUGUACAUUCACUUCCUGGUGGUUCAAGCCAAACUGUGGAGCAUCAAGUAUCAUUUAGGAGCUGGUGCAGAUCCACACUGGAAUCCAGGGAGCAGGAAGAUGGUUCUGUCUCUGGGAAAACUGGCUUUUGAGCAACUGCAGAAAGGAAACCUGAUCUUCUAUGAAUCAGACCUGACAGAGUGUGGCAUUGAUAUCACAGUGGCUUCAGUGUACUCAGGAGUGUUCACACAGAUCUUUAAAGAGGAGAGAGGGCUGUAUGAGGAGAAGGUGUUCUGCUUCGUCCAUCUGAGUGUUCAGGAGUUUUUAGCUGCUCUUUAUGUCUUUCUGACUUUCAUCAACUCUGGCAUCAAUCAGCUGUCUCAACCAAAAACCUGGUGGUCUAAUCUGUUAAGGGACAAAUCUAAACUAUCAUAUCUCCUCCAGAGUGCAGUGGACAAGGCUUUACAGAGUCCAAACGGGCACCUGGACUUGUUCCUUCGCUUCCUCCUGGGCCUUUCAUUGCAGACAAAUCAGACACUCCUCGGAGGGCUAAUGACACAGACAGGAAACAGCUCACACACCAAUCAGGAAACAGCCGAGUACAUCAAGAGUGUGAUCAGGAAAAACCUCUCUCCAGAGAGAAGCAUCAAUCUGUUUCACUGUCUGAAUGAGCUGAAUGAUCACUCUCUAGUGGAAGAAAUCCAGCAGUACGUGAGUUCAGGAAGUCUCCUCACAGCCAGCCUCUCUCCUGCUCAAUGGUCAGCUCUGGUCUUCAUCUUGCUGUCAUCAGAGAAAGAGCUAGAUGUGUUUGACCUGAGGAAAUACUCAGCUUCAGAGGAGGGUCUUCUGAGGCUGCUGCCAGUGGUCAAAGCCUCAAAUAUCUCUCUACUGAGGGGCUGUAACCUGUCAGAGAGAAGCGGUGAAGGUCUGGCAUCAGUUCUCAGCUCCCAGUCUUCUGGUCUGAGAGAGCUGGAUCUGACUAACAACAGUCUGAAGGACUCAGGAGUGAAGUUGCUCUUGGCUGGACUGGAGAAUCCACAGUGUAGACUAGAAAAACUGAGACUGAACCAAAACAACCUGACUGAGAAGUCCUGUCAGGAGUUGUCAUCAGUUCUCAGCACCAAGUCCUCUAGUCUGAAAGACCUGGACUUGAGUUACAACGACCUGCAGGACUCUGGAGUGAAGCUGCUCUUCGCUGGACUAGAAAGUCCACACUGUGGACUGGAAACACUCAGGUUGAUCGGCUGUAAUGUCUCAGAGAAGAGUCGAGAUACUCUGGCCUCAAGUCUCAGCUCCUCUAAUCUGAGAGAGCUGGACCUGAGUAACAAUGACCUGCAGGAUUCAGGAGUGGUGUUCUUCUCUUCUCUGAGUCAGCACUGUAGACUGGAAACUCUGAGGUUUAGUCAAACCAGGCUCACAGAAAAAUGCUGUCAAGAGUUUUCAUCAGUUCUCAGCUCCACGUUAUCCAGUCUGAGACACCUGAACCUGAGCAACAAUGACCUGCAGGACUCAGGAGUGAAGCUACUUUUUGCUGGACUUGCAACUCCACACUGUAAACUCCAAGUUCUGAGAUUAAAUCAGACCAACCUCACAGAGAAAUGCUGCCAGGAGAUCUCAUCAGUUCUCAGCUCCCAGUCCUCCAGUCUGAAAGAGCUGGAUGUCAGUAACAACGACCUGCAGGAUUCAGGAGUGAAGCUGCUUUCUGCUGCACUGCCAAGUCCACACUGCUCACUGGCAAGUCUCAGGCUGAGUGGCUGUAAGUUAUCAGAGAGAAGCUGUGAAGCUCUGGCCUCAGUUCUCAGCUCUCAGACCUCAGAUCUGAGAGAGCUGGAUCUUAAUAACAAUGACCUGAAGGACUCAGGAGUGAAACUUCUGUCUACUGCACUGAGGAAUCCACAAUGUUCACUGGAAACUCUGAGGUUGGAUCAAACUGGGCUCACAGAAAAAUGCUGUCAGGAUGUCUCAUCAGUUCUCAGCUCCAAGUCGUCCAGUCUGAGACACCUGGACCUGAGCAACAAUGACCUGCAGGACUCAGGAGUGAAGCAGGUCUCUGUUGGACUGAGGAGUCCACACUGUAGACUGGAAACAUUCAGCUUGUCAGGCUGCUUGAUCACAGAGGAAGGCUGCACUUUUUUGGCCUCUGCUCUGAGGUCCAACCCGUCCCACCUGAGAGAGCUGGACCUGAGCUACAAUCAUCCCAGGGAAGCUGGAGUGAAGCUUCUUUCUGCUGGACUGGAGGAUCAACGAUGGAGACUGGAUACUCUCAGUGUGGAUCAUGGUGGUGUUCAGUGUUUGAAAUCUGGUCUGACAAAGUAUGUCUGUGAACUCACCUUGGACCCAAACACAGCUCACAAAAAUGUCCUCCUGACUGAGAACAACAGGAAAGUGCUGCUGGCGAUAGAGAAGCAGCCGUACCCUGACCACCCCGACAGAUUCGACUGGUGCUACCAGCUGCUGUGCACAGCUGGUCUGUCCGCUCGCUGGUACUGGGAGGUGGACUGGGAAGGAGGGGUUGAUGUUGGAGUGACUUACAGAAGUCUCAGGCGGAGAGGAGCUCGUGACGGCAGCAGGCUUGGAUGGAACGAGAAGUCGUGGAGUUUGGAGUUAACGGAUAAAUGUUACUACGCCUGGCACAAUAACAUCAGGACAGCUCUUCUCACUAAUCCCUCCACCGCCUCUAACAGAGUCGGAGUGUAUCUGGACUGGCCCGCUGGCACUUUGUCCUUCUACAGCGUCUCAUCUGACUCACUAACUCACCUGUACACCUUCUACGGUGCAUUCACUGAACCUCUUUACCCUGGAUUUGGGUUCUUAUCACUGGAGUCAUCAGUGUCCUUGUGUUAGAAAAUGGAGAGAUACCUUUUGUUUAAGCUGCACAACAAACUGAGGCUACAGGAACAUUUCAUUCAAAUAAAGCUACUAAAGCAAUUUCAAUCAGUUUAACAACAGAUCAGCUCUGCUUUAAGAAACUAGAACAUACUAUCAUGCUUUCUCUGAUACUUUAAAUGCACCUGAAGCAUCAAUAUUUAAUGUUUUUGUCUUGUUUUGUCUCUUAUUCUGUCAGUUUUGUUCCUAAAACAGUUUUAAGUGAUAACAUGUAAUCAGUAUCAUUAAUAUACUUUUACAACAGGUGUUAACCUCUGGACUCAGGACUCAAGGACAUUAAAACUUUACUCUCCUCUC